AUGUCUGAUACAAACAAAAAUCAAGAUAUCGAUAGAGGCGAGAAGAUUGAGUCGAUGAGCGCUGCUGAGGCAUCACCAUCCUCAACAGCCUCUUCCUCUCCUGCUGCUCAGGAUGCUGAAAAAGCACCAGUCAGUGGGCAUGCUCAGCAUCCAAAUGGCGGCGAUGUGCCUCCAAUGCAGCAAUUGACCGUUGAAGAGCUCUACGACAAGGACAAGUAUGAUCUGUCUACCAUGGAGCCUGGAGAUGUAUUCGUGCUGCUGCAAACUUCCACUGACGGUUUGACGUCGGAUGAGGCUGCUUCCCGUGUGGAGAAGUUCGGCUACAAUCGCUUAGACCAUAAAGAAGUGAAUCCCAUCCUGCAAUUCCUGGGAUUCAUGUGGAAUCCACUCUCUUGGGUCAUGGAGGCCGCCGCUCUGGUGGCUAUUGCUCUCUCAAAUGGCGGUGGUCAACCUCCAGAUUGGGAGGAUUUCAUUGGUAUUAUUCUACUCUUAUUAGCAAACUCAAUCAUUGGUUUCUUGGAGGAACGUCAAGCUGGUAACGCUGUCAAGGCAUUGAUGGACUCUUUGGCUCCUGAAUGUAAAGUAAAACGAGAUGGUGAGUGGCGUACUAUGGAGGCUGCUGAACUGGUGCCAGGUGAUGUGAUCUCAAUCAAACUCGGAGAUGUAAUUCCUGCUGAUGGGCGUCUUAUCUCGGCUCAUGGUCAAGUAUCCAUAGAUCAAGCUGCUCUUACCGGCGAAUCAUUACCUGUAGGUAAACAUGCUGGUGACGAGAUCUUUUCUGGCUCCACCGUCAAGCAAGGCGAAGCUGAAGCAGUAGUCAUUGGCACUGGGCUCAAUACCUUUUUCGGCCGUGCUGCCAAAUUGGUAGGCGAUGCUGGUGACGAUGUGGGUCAUCUCCAGUCUAUUUUGGCAAAGAUUGGUAAUUUCUGUCUCUGCAGUAUCGGCAUCUUUUUGGUGGCUGAAAUUCUGGUCAUGUACGCUGGAUUCCGUUACAGUUAUCGUGAUGGCAUUGAUAACUUGCUUGUAUUACUCAUUGGUGGUAUCCCUAUUGCUAUGCCAACGGUACUCUCGGUUACACUGGCCAUUGGUGCGAAACAAUUGGCUGAGCACAAGGCUAUUGUCACUAGAAUCACUGCCAUUGAGGAGAUGGCUGCAGUAACCAUCUUGUGUUCCGAUAAAACCGGUACCUUGACUUUGAACAAACUCAUUGUAGACAAGCCCACCAUCAAGACCUACGCUGAAUAUGACGCCGAGGAAAUUAUUCUAAUCUCGGCUUACGCUUCCCGUACUGAGAAUCAGGAUGCCAUCGAUUUCUGCAUUGUGAACUCAUUGCCUAACCCAAAGGAGGCUAGAGAAGGUAUUGAAGAACUUGAGUUUGAACCAUUUAAUCCCACGAUCAAGCGUACAGAAAUCGUAUACAGAAAAGAUGGCAAGAUUUACAGAGCUACAAAGGGCAUGUCGCAUUUCAUUCUAGAUCUUUGUACUCGUGACAAAACAGAAGAACAAAUCCAAUUACUCAACGAUGACGUUGAUGAGUUUGCUCGUCGUGGUUUGCGUUCUCUGGCUGUGGCUCUUGAAGAAAUCAAUGGUGAUGACUACAAAGCAGAAGGCUCAGGCCUUGGAUUCAAGCUUAUUGGUCUCCUCCCCAUUUAUGAUCCACCAAGAGGUGAUACUAAGGAGACCAUUGAUCGUGCUAUCGAACUGGGUGUACAGGUAAAGAUGAUUACAGGUGACCAACUUGCUAUUGCCAAAGAAACCGGCCGUCGUCUUGGUAUGGGCGACAACAUGUACCUUUCAAAGACCUUGAAGGAUGGUCCUCCUGCUGGCUCUGGAUACAACAACGUAGAUGAACUCGUCUUGCAUGCUGAUGGCUUUGCUGGUGUCUAUCCUGAGCACAAGUAUGAAAUCGUCCAACGUCUUCAAGCCAUGGGCCAUAUGACUGCAAUGACAGGUGAUGGUGUCAAUGACGCUCCUGCUCUCUCCAAAUCCAAUGUGGGUAUUGCUGUUGCUGACGCAUCUGAUGCUGCCCGAUCUGCCGCUGAUAUCGUGUUGACUGAACCUGGUCUUUCUGUCAUUAUUGAAGCCUUGAUCCAUUCUCGUCAAAUAUUCCAGCGUAUGAGAAACUACUCCAUCUAUACCUGCUCCGUCACGAUUCGUGUGGUGGUUGGUUUUGCUGUCAUGGUGUUUGCCUACAAGUUCAAUUUCCCUCCCUUCAUGGUGCUGAUUUUAGCUAUUCUCAAUGACGGAACCAUUAUGACGAUUUCUACAGAUCGUGUACGACCUUCUCCUUUCCCGGAUCAAUGGAACUUGUUUGAAAUCUUUUCAUAUGCUAUUGUGUAUGGUCUGUAUUUGGCUGCUUCUACUGUCGUCUUCUUUGCUGUGUUGUAUGACACCACCUUCUUCCAAAGCCGCUUUGGUGUCGCCCCCUUUGAUAGCCCCAAUGAUGGUGUACUCCACUCUGUCAUCUAUUUGCAAGUAUCCACCAUCUCACAAGGCCUCAUCUUUGUUACCCGAUCUCAAAGUUGGUUCUUUAUGGAGCGCCCUUCGCUUUUGUUGAUGGCAGCCUUUAUCUUUGCUCAACUGAUUGCUACUUUCAUUGCUGUUUAUGCCAAUUGGGGAUUCACUGAUAUCCGGGGAUGUGGAUGGACGCUUGCAGGCAUUGCUUGGAUCUGGAACUUUAUUUGGUUUGCUCCUCUAGAUUUGAUCAAGUUUGCUAUGCAAAGAUACUUUAGACCUGCUAAGAAUACUAAAACUACUGAUGCUGAAUCGAUUCGCCGCUCAAGACGCUCUUCUGCUGUGUCCACUUCUGGAUCAGCCCGUUAUUACGCUAACCGUACUCAAUCGUUGCGUGCCUUAUCAAGACCUCGCAACUUUGGUAAACGUAUCCUUGGCCUCAACAAAAAGAUGUCCAUGGAACCUCAUGAAUUGAGAAGAUUCUCAUCUGUACAGACAAAUCAUGCCGCACAAAUCUUGACUGGUGGAAAUGGCCAACAACCUACUAAAUAA